AUGGAUCCUUCUCAGCCAAAUAGUCCAUUCUUCAUUGGCAGUAAUGAUAAUUCUGGAUCCCUACUUGUCACACAAAUGCUAGACUCGAGCAACUAUCAUUCAUGGGCAAGAUCCAUGAAAAGGGCUCUUAGAAUCAAAAAUAAGUUGGGGUUCAUUGAUGGUAGUAUUUGUGAACCACAAGAUCCAAACAGCCCUUUAAUUGACCAUUGGCUUCGUUGCAAUGAUAUUGUCAUCACUUGGCUGCAAAAUACCAUGUCUGUUGACAUCAAAGCCAGUACUCUCUAUGCUGAAACAGCACAUCAACUUUGGCUGGAUCUUGAACAACGCUUGGCACAACAAAAUGCUCUAAGAAUUUAUGAGGUGAAGUAA